UUGCUGCUGUUCCAUAUUCCGCCGUGUCGUUUCAACCAAAAAUCGUGCGCUUUGUGUCCGUGCCAAAGGGUGUUCCGAGUGUGCAAUCGAAUUUCCGUGUAAGUUCCCCGUUCCCGGGAGGAUUGAUCGCAUGAAAGACAUCAAUCAAGGCGCGUUCGGGGUCCGUACGAAACACACCCGUCUCAUUCAAGUUCUAGGCACAUCGACACACAUCCCGUGUGUGCUUCUCCAGUAGAUUACUGAUUCAAUGUUACAUUGAGGGCGCUUAACGUGGCGAUGCACACGAUCGUAACCGAGCAGAAUACUGCAGCUUGCAUUUGAGUUGCAUCGUUCGCCAAAGUGUGAUCUACUCCUGCUCACGUUUGAUUGUGAACCAAAGUGUGUGUCUGUGUGUUAUUGAAAAGUGAGUGAAGGUGAAUGGAAGCGAUGCCCUUUCCGAUCUUCCACUGAGGUGAGGUGUCAUAUAUAUGGACGAUUGAAGCCGACCACGCGCCAGGGGCAGGUAAACAAACAAGUGCCAAAAGUGACAGAGCGCAUCGAUCGAUCGAGAGCGAGGGGUGCGCGAAAAGUGACCGGAAAUCCGACGGUACCAUAGUUAAUUGUUAACUUAAUCACAACCUCCCCCCGGUAAAAAAAACACACACACAAACACACGAGCACACCACGUACGGGACGCUUACGGGGGUUUAGCGAGAUGCCGGAUCACGAUAUCGAGAUGAUAACCAGCGAGCAGCUGCACGCGGCGCUGCGCAAGUCGCAGAAACACUUCAUAAUACUGGACUGCCGCAGCUCGAACGAGUACACGGAAAGCCACAUCCGGACGGCGGUCAACUUUUCGAUACCGUCCAUCAUGCUGCGCCGGUUCGCGGCCGGCAAGAUCGACAUCACGUCCACGAUCAAGUGCCGCGAUCUGAAGGAGCGCAUCCUGUCCUGCUACAAGGAGAGCACGUUCGUGCUGUACAACAACAGCAACGAGCCGGUCGGCGGUGGAUGCGACGAGCUGGUGCUCGGUGCCGGCACGACCGGAUGUUCCGGCGGGGGUGGAAUCUCCCUCGCCCCGUCGCUGUCGUCCGGUGGGGCGGGUAACGACACCACAAUUAACGUGCUGCAUCGGAAGCUCAAGCAAGAUGGCUGCCGCGUCGUGUGUCUGGAAGGUGGAUACGCAAACUUUCGACAGUCGUUUCCGGAGUGGUGCGAGGAUGAAGUCAUCAAUGCCAACCUGCAGUCGGGCUGCGCGGCCACGGAGCAACUGAUGGGCUUGAGAUCGCUUCGCAUUUCGAUUCCGUUCUCCGAUUCCGCCUGCAGCAGCAGCACCGAGUCGUCGGACUGCGAAAGCACCACCAACUACCUUUCCGAGUCAGCCGUGAACGUCGAGCCGGUCGAGAUACUGCCCGGGCUCUUCCUCGGCAAUGCCUCCCACAGCGAGGACCUCAAGUCCCUGAAAAAGUACAACAUUAAAUACAUUCUGAACGUCACUCCCGAUCUGCCGAAUGUGUUCGAGCGCGAUGGGCUGAUACGGUACUUGCAGAUACCGAUCACCGAUCACUGGUCGCAGGCGGGUGACCUGGCAAAUCACUUCCCGGACGCCAUCAAAUUCAUCGAUGAGGCACGCACAAAAGGCUGCGGUGUGCUGGUACACUGCCUGGCCGGCGUGUCCCGCUCGGUGACCGUCACGCUCGCCUACCUAAUGUUCGCCCGGACACUCUCGCUGAACGAUGCGUUCCUGCUGGUGCGCUCGCGCAAACCGGACGUCUCACCCAACUUCCACUUCAUGCAGCAGCUGCACAGCUUCGAGCAGCAGCUCAACAUCGAUCCGACACAGUCGGCCUCGGCCAAGCAAGCCCUCUACUCGGCCUCCUCGACCUCGUCCUGUUCGUCGGCGGGCGGUGGCGGUGACGGAGGCGGCUCUUCAUCGGCCGCAGCCACACCCGGUUCAUCGUCAUCGUCCUCCUCGGGUGGAGACGGCGGUGGUGGUGGUGGUGGUGGCGGCGUCGGCGGCGGCCCCAGGUCCAGUGGCACCCCGUUCGGUGCGGGCGAUACGUCGCGAUCACACCAUCAUCAUUCCCAUUACCAACAGCAUCAGCAGCAUCAGCAGCAGCAGCUUCCAGCACCGAAGCAGCACCAGCAUCACUUGCGGCACAUGGUCAAGUACAACUGCACCUGCGUGGAGGUGGAGUGCAAGUGUACGCAGGCGGCGAUCGAUCUGCUCGGUCCGUUCACCACCGGCAUCUCGCCCGAUUCCGGCAUCGAGUUCGACCGGUGGACGCCGAGCAGCAACACGCCGAAAUGAGAUACGGCCGGCGGAGACGGAACCGGCGGUCGCUUCAAGCUGCCGGACCGUUUCCUCCCGGAGCACCAGGACAGCAGUCCCCCGAUCGACACUACCGCUCCCGGCAACGAAGACGACUAAGACGCAGUUCGGCAUACCGGAACCAAAUCCGGAACCAGUGUUUACCGGAAACCGUCGUCCGAGGGAAGAAGAGAGUGACCGCCUUCAUUAGCACCGCGCACUCGAUUCCCCCCGUCUUUUCCGCAAUUGGUCAAAGCAUGCCAAAAGCGCCAGCGUGCCAGCUGGAAGUGGAAGCAUUUUCCACGCAAACGAUUCCUUCCCUAUCAAGAAGCUCUCUUGUGUGCGCACAACUACACGUUGAUUACGUUAGAUUCAUCCUUCGGUGAAGGCAGGGGAAGGGGAAGGGGGAAAUACGCAACGCCCUCCAUUUUUCGGUGGGUUUCGGAAGGCAGCAGAAGGUGGAAGGACCUGGAACCUGGGAAAAGUCUUAGAUAUUAGCGUUGCCGUUUUUCAAAUGUUCCAUUCCGUACGAUUUCCGACCGAUUGGGAGACGAAGAACGUCGAACUCGGUGUCAAAAUGCUUUUUUCAAGCAUACAAAUGACGAGUGACGAGACACCGAAUGUAACAAUAUUGGAAAAACAGACCACUUCUGCGGUGUGGAGAUACAUUUUUGGAGAAAGACUAAGAGAACAUAAGAAAAGGAAAAAACAUAACUUGGGUUAGUAACGGAAAAAAAACAGUUUGUUUUUAAGGUGUGGGAAAAAACAGAUGAAAAGGAAACGGAGAAGGAUAAGUGCAUAGGUAUAUUAGCAGUGCUUGGUAAACGGAAUGAAUGCGCGUGUGCGACAGGAACCGAGGAAGAUAGGUUUAGAAAACAAACAAGGACAAAAAAACAGAAAACCUCUGGCGUGUUCACACGCCAAACUAAAUAUAUAUAUAUAUUACAAAAUAAUAUAUACAUACAUAUGAGAAAUAAUAUAAUAUAGAUAUAUAUUUAUGUUGACACAUCGUU